GCUUAUAUAAUUAGAAGAGACAUUAGUUUUCCUCAUUUAAAAGCCUGGUUAGCAUACUACGGUCUCGUUUCAGGGGAAGUCAAACCUCUCUACUGCUUCUUUUUAUAACCUUUAAGUUAAUUCAGAACCCAGAUAAGCCUUGAUCUGAGGAUGAUAUAACCACCACAAGCAACAUGGGAACUUCUAGAGAAAUCAGGAAGACGACUUCAAAAAAAAUGAUAUGAUGUCUCCCAGUGGAGACAGGGCACGAGGUGCAGGGAAGAGGAGGUGGCCUGAGCCAGGACGAUGAGGAUGCAAUGUUGAAGAAUAAGCGGGAGAAGAGAAGUAACCGGCACUAUGGAAAAAACCAAAACAAAGCAAGGAGAGAAUGAACAUAUGCCGGUGAAUAAUCCUUCCACGCAGAUUUACCAGGCUUCGAAGUACAAGUCUUCCCUGAACCUACCUCCAGUGGGAGCCCGCCUCCAGCGGCAGGAUGGAGGGAUCAUAACCUCUCUAGAGCACCUUCAUGAGAAAAUCAACGAGAUGAGGAACGUGUUCAACUCGCUGGAGAACAAGUUGCAGGCCCUAGCCUCUGAACUCAAAACUGGUUUCACAGAAGCAAUGCAAGAACUGUCAAGAAUUCAACAUGGAGAAUAUGCUUUGGAAGAAAAGGUUAAGAGCUGCAGAUGUUCCAUGGAAGAAAAAGUUACCGAGAUGAAGAAUUCAUUAAACUAUUUCAAGGAAGAGCUGAGCAAUGCCAUGUCAAUGAUCCAAGCCAUCACUUCCAAACAAGAAGAAAUGCAACAGAAAAUCGAACAGCUUCAACAGGAGAAGCGAAGAGAAUCUCGAAAAGUUAAAGCCAAGAAAACUCAGAAAGAAGAACACAGCUCACAGGCCGGGCCUGCACAAGCACAAGGAAGUCCUUUUCGUUCAAUCAAUAUCCCUGAGCCUGUUCUUCCAAGCGAAGACUUUACCAACCUUUUGCCUUCUCAGGCCUAUGAAAAAGCCCAAGAGUCCAGACCUGUUCAUGUAGGAGACAGUAAUGUGAAGGGAAUGAUGGGUCCUGGAGUGAACCCAACAACUCCAGAAGCAGAAGAAAAUCUCAAGUCUUGCCUCUCGGCUGAGAUCCAGCCCAAGGGCCAUCUCCCAUCUGGCAUGUGGAGGCAGCCUAAGGAUGGUAAAGAAUGGGGUGAAGAAUACGUCACCAAAGACCACCCGGAUAAACUCAAGGAGGCCAGCCAGGGUAGACACAGCUCCUUGGAAAACGUUUUAUGUGAAACCUCCUUAGCUGCCAAAAGACAGACUGUGGCCCUGGAACUGCUUGAAUCUGAAAGAAAAUAUGUCAUUAACAUCUCUCUGAUCUUGAAGAUAAAAGCCACAUUCCAGGGGUCUGAUGGAAAGAGGAAUUCCAAAGAGAGAAGCCUGUUCCCUGGCUCUUUACGGUACCUUGUCCAGCAGCACCUGGACCUGCUUCACGCGCUGCAGGAAAGGGUCCUGAAGUGGCCACGCCAAGGCGUUCUCGGAGAUUUAUUCCUUAAGUUAACAAAUGAUGAGAAUAAUUUCUUGGAUUAUUACGUUGCCUACCUGAGGGACCUGCCUGAGUGCAUCUCAUUGGUUCACGUUGUAGUCCUGAAAGAGGGUGAUGAAGAGAUUAAAUCUGACAUCUACACGUUGUUUUUCCAUAUAGUCCAGCGCAUCCCUGAAUAUCUGAUACAUCUGCAGAAUGUCCUGAAGUUCACAGAGCAGGAGCACCCUGACUAUUAUCUACUCCUGGUGUGUGUCCAGCGCCUCCGAGUAUUUAUCUCACACUACACCCUGCUGUUUCAAUGCAAUGAAGAUUUGCUUAUUCAGAAACGGAAAAAGCUCAAGAAGUCAUCCAUGGCAAAGCUGUACAAAGGGCUGGCUUCCCAGUGUGCCAAUGCCGGGCAAGAUGCUUCCCCCACUGCAGGUCCUGAGGCUGUCCGUGACACUGGGAUCCAUUCAGAAGAAAUGCUGCAACCCUACCCUUCUGCUCCCAGUUCUGGCCCUGCCGUCACACAUCUGAUGCCCCCAGUGAAGAAAAGCCAACAGCAGCAAAGCCUGAUGGAGAGCAUGCAGCCCGGGAAGCCCAGUGACUGGGAGCUGGAGGGCAGGAAGCACGAGCGGCCCGAGAGCCUCCUGGCGCCCACGCAGUUCUGCGCGGCGGAGCAGGACGUGAAGGCGUUGGCCGGGCCCCUGCAGGCCAUCCCGGAGAUGGACUUCGACCCCUCUCCGGCCGAGCCGCUGGGCAACGUGGAGCGCUCCCUGCGCGCCCCGGCCGAGCUCCUGCCCGAUGCCCGCGGCUUCGUGCCCGCCGCCUACGAGGAGUUCGAGUACGGCGGCGAGAUCUUCGCGCUCCCUGCGCCCUACGACGAGGAGCCGUUCCAGGCCCCGGCCCUCUUCGAGAACUGCUCGCCCGCCUCCUCUGAGUCCAGCCUGGACAUCUGCUUCCUGCGGCCCGUCAGCUUCGCCAUGGAGGCCGAGCGGCCGGAGCACCCGCUGCAGCCGCUACCCAAGAGCGCCACGUCGCCGGCGGGCAGCAGCGGCGCCUACAAGCUGGAGGCGGCGGCGCAGGCGCAGGCGCACGGCAAGGCCAAGCCGCUGAGCCGCUCGCUCAAGGAGUUCCCGCGUGCGCCGCCCGCCGACGGCGUGGCCCCGCGCCUCUACAGCACGCGCAGCAGCAGCGGCGGCCGCGCGCCCAUCAAGGCUGAGCGCGCCGCACAGCCGCACGGCCCGGCCGCCGCAGCUGUCGCCGCCCGCGGCGCGCCCCGGACUUUCUUCCCCCAACAGAGGUCCCAAAGCGAAAAACAGACCUAUUUGGAAGUAAGGAGGGAGAUGCAUUUAGAAGAUACUACCAGAUUCUGUCCCAAAGAAGAAAGAGAAAGUGAACAAACAUCUUUCAGCGAUCAGAAUCCCAGGCAAGACCAGAAAGGGGGCUUUCGCAGCUCCUUCCGCAAGCUCUUUAAAAAGAAGGGCUUGUUUGGCUGGUGGCCCCACACACCCAGAAUGCUGCUUCGGGAUGAAGCUAGGCAUGGAGCCAGAUGCAACAGAAAACCUGAGAAAGGGUUCUCUUCCCUCUGAGGCUGGGAGGGCCGAAGGCUCAUACCCACAAGGAUUCAAAAGGGAGAGUCAAGUUGACAUCAUUAAAAAAAUCCUGAAAAAUGCCCACAAUAUUUGGGGAAAAGAAUGACCUUCUGAUUGUUUCCAUCUCAGGCACAUUUGUCCUGGGUAGAUACAAGGUCACAUGUCCCUGAAGGGUACCCAGAAUUGAUCAGAAUAAAGGUUACAUAUCUUAAAGUUUGGAAAUGUUAAAUAAUUUUAAACAUUUUAAAUGAGUAUUCUUAGAGGGAACAGAGUUACGGUGGUAGGCUGAUGCUAGACUGGAACUUAUUCCCUUGCCUUUGAGCAGGAUGGAAAACAAACUGGCCCCUUCUAGACAGAUCUGUACAGAGGCUGUCAAAGACUUAAACCUAGAUUAUUGUGAAGUCUGGGGCAAAUUAUACGUCACCUUAAUAUACACACCUUGCACCACUUAACAAGUGUUGUCGAUGGCAGAUGUGGCAGUGGGGAAGAGGAUCACAUGAGACAGCUUAGGAAUAGGGCAUGUAGAUGGUACUCUCUCUUUUAUCCUCGGAUUUCAGGGGAGUAGAAGAUAAAGAAUAUGGCUUCCAAAUGAUUAAUUCUACUUCCUUGCUCAUCCACUUCCUCUUUAGCGCUUUAAAAUUUACAUGCGUCAGAGUGUCUCCUUCCUUGUCAUCACCCUCCCUCCACCAAUCCCAUCACCAUCUAUUUUCUUAAUCACACACAGAGAGAGUACUUCUACAGGGCCCUGAAUGUAAUCAUUUCAUCUCAGUGAAUCAUCUUAUUUUGGUGUCUUCCCAGCAGUUUUUGUAUAUGCCCAGCUUCAGCUGUUGAACAGACCAUGUACUAGAAAGCAGGGCUGCUAAAGAAUCCAUUGAUAACUUGAUCUCACCUAUUCUCUGUCUCCUUAAAGCUCAUUUCAAGUCCCUCUCCAACUCUUACUCAGUUUGGGGUUCUUUCUCAUUCUCCAUUUCAUUUCCUAUAUAACUUUAAAGGGGAUAGUUGAAGGGGUAGAUAUUUUAGAUUACUUAACCUUGAUUACAGAUGUUUCUCAAUAAGCCAUUUGAAAUCAACCAUUCAAUUAAGGGUCUUCAAUAUACUAGGUUCUGUCCAGCACAAAAGAUGUAAGAGAAAUAAUUCCUGCCCAUUAGGAGCUUACAGAUCAAUGUAAGGGUAACCUAACUAUUGAUAUGAGGUGUAAUACGUAGCACAUAGUAGGCACUCAACUAAUAUACAUUAAAUAAAUGCUCAUUUGCUGUGGGCGCUCCAAACUCAUGUUGGUUAAUUGCUGUCAGUCCUCUUGCAGCUGUUUGGGAUUCUCCUUAGGUAAAGGGCCAGUGGAUUCCCUUAGUCCUCUUGUCCUUUCUCAUAGAACAGACCCUCCUGCAUCAAUCAGAUUGCCUCCAUGAUAUUGGUGCUGUCCUUUGUAUUUAAAAUCUGAAGUGUUGUCUGAGUGGAAAUAAAGGUGGAGCCACACAAGGCUGUUGCUUUGAUUACCGGGGCUGGCUGACUGGCUGACAGGAUGGGUGUUUUCUUGCCCUUUACUUCUUGAGACAGAUGCAUGUCUCCUAAAGCUUUCAAGGAAGAUGGUCUUUCCAAUCAGAGAACCAAGCCUUCUUAAGUCAGAGGUUUUUGCAGCACUGGAUUCAACUACUCCCAUCCCCAGCUCCAAACAAGCUUUCCAGGUUUAUUGAUAGCAAAUCUAGACCUUGUCUGACCAAUUCAAUUUGCUAUUUUCUUUGUCACCCUUGAGUGAAAGGAAAGUUAGCAACAGGUCUGUUGUCUUUUCUUCUUUCCAUCAAAUACUUGGAUGGUUAUGUGUCAGUAUGUCCUGGCAGCCACUGUACCCUUCCCCAGCAAGUGUUUGCCUACCUGUUCCUUUAAUGUCUGCUCAGAUAUGCCCUGCAGUCAGCCGCAAUGGCUCCAGGAGCUCAAAAGCCAUUUCUGUUUCAUAGAGAAAGGUAAUAAAAGCAGAUCAUCUGGCUUUUUCUCCUUGGUUCUACAGGUUAUUUCCUAGUAAUUUAGGUAUGCAGUACUUCAGAGCCUAACAGUCACACCUUUGGAAGAGUCCAGGUGGCUGUAUACACGUAAGCAUUAUAAAGAGGUCAGUUAAAAUGAUCUUUACAAGGAUGAAAAUGAGCUUCUAGUCAUGGCUAUAGUAGACUGCUGGAUUUUGAAAAGGAUGAGCAAUUUAGCUGUUUAAUUAAUAUCAAGAAAUUCAGAGAAAUUCAGACACUGGAGACAGGGAAGGUACAAUUUGUGAGAAGAGCAGUUAAAAAAAUUUAAGCUGAGUUUGUGGACUUUGAAAACUAGACAGGGCGAUUUUGGCA